CGAAGCUUGCGCAGCGGAAGGCGACCUGGCCCCCACGACCCGCAGCAUGGCCCGGGACUCUGGGCUGCCGCGGUGCGUCCGGACUGUCUGGGCGGCCGUCGCGCUACUGCUCUCCGCGCGGCAGACCUCAGGUGAGGUGGAAAUGCCUGAUCCCAGUGACCCUUUGGGAUAUCUUGACGGACAAGAAGGUCCCAUUCCCACUCUGAAAGGUUACUAUCUGAAUUUUCUGGAGCCAGUAAACAACAUCACCAUUGUCCAGGGCCAGACAGCAAUUCUGCACUGCAAGGUGGCAGGAAACCCUCCCCCCAACGUGCGGUGGCUGAAGAACGACGCCCCAGUUGUGCAGGAGCCCAGGCGGAUCAUUAUCAGGAAGACAGAAUACGGCUCUCGACUGAGAAUCCAAGACCUGGACACGACAGACACCGGCUACUAUCAGUGCGUGGCCACCAAUGGCGUGAAGACCAUUACUGCCACCGGUGUCCUCUACGUGCGGCUCGGUCCAACGCACAGCCCAAAUCAUAACUUUCAGGACGACUACCAGGAAGAUGGAUUCUGUCAGCCUUACCGAGGAAUUGCCUGUGCGCGUUUCAUUGGGAACCGGACCAUUUACGUGGACUCUCUCCAGAUGCAAGGGGAGAUUGAGAACCGAAUUACAGCGGCCUUCACCAUGAUCGGCACCUCCACGCACCUGUCAGACCAGUGCUCCCAGUUCGCCAUCCCGUCCUUCUGCCACUUCGUGUUUCCACUAUGUGACUCCCGCUCCCGGGCACCCAAGCCACGGGAACUGUGUCGCGAUGAGUGCGAGGUGCUGGAGAGCGACCUGUGCCGCCAGGAGUACACGAUUGCACGCUCCAACCCGCUCAUCCUCAUGCGGCUGCAGCUGCCCAAGUGCGAGGCGCUGCCCAUGCCUGAGAGCCCUGACGCUGCCAACUGCAUGCGCAUCGGCAUCCCGGUGGAGAAGCUGGGCCGCUACCACCAGUGCUACAAUGGCUCCGGCUCGGAUUACAGAGGCACAGCCAGCACCACCAGGUCGGGGCAUCAGUGCCAACCGUGGGCCCUGCAGCACCCCCAUGGCCACCAGCUGUCCAGCGUGGAUUUCCCUGAGCUCGGAGGGGGCCACGCGUACUGCCGGAACCCUGGAGGCCAGAUGGAAGGUCCCUGGUGCUUUACUCAGAAUAAAAACGUACGCAUGGAACUGUGUGACGUACCCUCUUGUAGUCCCCGAGACAGCAGCAAACUGGGCAUUCUGUACAUUCUGGUCCCAAGCAUCACGAUUCCCUUGGUCAUCGCUUGCCUGUUCUUCCUGGUCUGCGUAUGCCGGAAUAAGCAGAAGGCCUCCGUAGCUAGCCCACAGCGGCGGCAGCUGAUGGUCUCACCCAGUCAGGACAUGGAGCUGCCACUCAUCAGCCAGCACAAACAGGCCAAACUCAAGGAGAUCAACUUGUCCACCGUGCGCUUCAUGGAGGAGCUGGGGGAGGACCGGUUUGGAAAGGUUUACAAAGGCCAUCUGUUUGGGCCUGCCCCGGGCGAGCAGACCCAGGCAGUGGCCAUCAAGACACUGAAGGACAAAGCGGAAGGGCCCCUCCGAGAAGAGUUCCGGCACGAGGCCAUGCUGCGGGCUCGGUUGCAGCACCCCAACAUCAUCUGUCUGCUGGGUAUCGUGACCAAGGACCAGCCCCUCAGCAUGAUCUUCAGCUACUGCCCACACGGUGACCUCCAUGAGUUCCUGGUCAUGCGCUCGCCACACUCGGAUGUGGGCAGCACUGACGACGACCGCACUGUGAAGUCGGCCUUGGAGCCCCCUGACUUCGUACACGUCGCAGCACAGAUUGCUGCAGGGAUGGAGUACCUGGCCAGCCACCACGUGGUCCACAAGGACCUGGCUACCCGCAACGUGCUGGUGUAUGACAAGCUGACUGUGAAGAUCUCGGACCUGGGCCUCUUCCGAGAGGUGUAUUCUGCUGACUACUACAAGCUGAUGGGGAACUCACUGCUGCCCAUCCGCUGGAUGUCCCCCGAAGCCAUCGCCUACGGCAAGUUUUCCAUCGACUCCGACAUCUGGUCCUACGGCGUGGUGCUGUGGGAGGUCUUCAGCUAUGGCCUGCAGCCCUACUGUGGGUACUCCAACCAGGAUGUGGUGGAGAUGAUCCGCACCCGACAGGUGCUGCCCUGCCCCGACGACUGCCCCGCCUGGGUCUACGCCCUCAUGCUCGAGUGCUGGAGCGAGCUUCCCAGCCGUCGGCCCCGUUUCAAGGACAUCCAUAGCCGGCUCCGGGCCUGGGGCAACCUGUCCAGCUACAACAGCUCGGCGCAGACCUCGGGAGCCAGCAACACCACACAGACCAGCUCUCUGAGCACCAGCCCGGUGAGCAACGUGAGCAACACCCGCUACGUGGGGCCCAAGCAGAAGGCCCAGCCCUUCCCGCAGCCCCAGUUCAUCCCCAUGAAGGGCCAGAUCAGACCCCUGGUGCCCCCACCCCAGCUCUACAUUCCUGUCAAUGGCUACCAGCCAGUGCCAGCCUAUGGGGCAUACCUGCCCAACUUCUACCCGGUCCAGAUUCCCAUGCAGAUGGCUCCCCAGCAGGUUCCCCCUCAGAUAGUCCCCAAGCCCAGCUCACACCACAGUGGCAGUGGCUCCACCAGCACAGGCUACGUCACCACAGCUCCCUCCAACACAUCUGUAGCAGACAGGGCAGCCCUGCUGUCCGAAGGCACUGAGGACACACAGAACAUCCCAGAAGACGUGGCCCAGAGCCCUGUACAGGAAGUGGAGGAGGAGGAGGGAGGCUCUGUCCCCGAGACUGAGCUCCUGGGAGACAGUGACACUCUGCAGGUGGAUGACACCCAAGUCCAGCUGGAAGCCUGAGGUACACACAAUGCCCAGGCCUUCUGCCAGAAGUACCCACUGGGACCUGCAAGGACUUCAGCCACCUUUCAACAGUCACAGAUUCUGUCACAAGAGACCCGAGAUUGUGGAGUCCCCCUCCUGUCUUACCUGCUGUCUGUGCUCAGCGCUGCCACUGAGGUCCCUCUCAGGCUGGAGGUCAUUUUGGCCAGCAGCAUCUGAGCGGGGCGGAGCCCAGCAGCAUGAGCUCCUCAGUGACCCUGAGGCUGCCUGUGUUUAUCCCAGGGGUAGAUGGGUAAUGAACUGCAAUUACUUUGCAAAAAUAGGUGGCAUCUCUGCUCCGGAAUUGUACAUGGAUUGAAUAGAAAUGUGAGGGAACAGGCCUGCAAAAGGAGCCAGGGAGGCACCUUUUAAGAUCCCAGGUGUGAAGGUAAGGGGAGCUCUUGUUCUCUCUGCUGCCUCUAUCUAUGCAAUCUCAUUCUCCCUUCAGCAACCAAAGGUGGUGGAGCAGGAUGCUGCACCCGCUGGUCCCCAGGAGAAAGGGGCUUCUGAUACAGGGCUCCCUGUGUUAAAGCAAAAACGUGCCUUUCCAGAAACCGCUGCAGCCUUGUAUUCUUGGGAAAUGGUUUUAACUACAUGACAUGUGUACUUGGCCUACUUUUGUGGAAUUCAAGGGAAAAUGUUGCAUUUAGAGUGUCCAAAAGAAAGCAAGAUUGUACAGAACGCAGUACUGUUAUUUUUUUUUAAAACCAUGUACAGACGUUAAAUGUAAUUUAUAUGUUUUGUAUGUCAUUUUCAUGGAAGUAUUUUGACCUAAAUAAUGACUCAGUAAUUUAACUGUUUACAUGACCCACUUGGGGACACCAAGAGGUGGUAGUUUCGGUCUGAUUUUGUGCCACAUGUAAUUGCGGUCCAUGCAUUUCAGAGCCCGCCACACGACCCGCAGGCAAGCUGUCUGUACUUCGCACACACUGCCAGCCUUGUUUGUAAACUCCUCACCUGGCAUAUUGAAUAAAGUAAAGCAGAGCGUG